GCAAAUCUACGACGGCUUUACUCUCGGGGGGGCAAUGAUGAGCCCGCAGAGCGCUCGGACUCGUUCUUCGAGUAUGAUACUGUUGCGGGUAUGGACGACAAUGAUUGCUCGAACCCUCUGAUUGUUCGCCCACGACGAGGGUUCUCGCACGGGUUCUUUCUGUUUGUUGUUCACAACAUCUUCGUCACGUGAAAGGCGAGGCCUGCACAGUCGAUUCUGGAGUUGAGAUGGUUUGUGAACUUGCGUUGAAAAGAACGAACGGAAUCAGAUCUCUGAGAAAAGACGUGUGGCUUUUCAAUCCGGUCGAGUCCAUCAAGCUGAUGCUGAUUCAGUAUAAACUCUUCUGGAGGAUCGUCUGAAAGAUAGAUGUGCGAGCAAAAGUAAGGAGCGGAGAAAAAGUUGCGAAAGGCCGAGUGAUAUUCACAUUGUCAUGUUCUGGCAUUCGAUGCUAGAGAAGCCACUCGGUAAGGCAGUAUGAACGGACUUUGGUCGAGAUCAUGGUGCUUGCAGCACGCACUUUUCGAAGAAUCCGACGAUUCUGCGACUAGAAGAAUGAGCCUUGAGAGGUCACAUCGGGCGCUUGAUUUGGACGUAGUUGUGAAGCAAUUUUGACAAGGAAAUUUUUUCUCUCGGUCGCUUUCACUUCGAAAGUAUCAGACAGAUCAGGCGAAUUCCGUCGUCCAAAUUUGAAGAUCACCGUGACAUCGUAGAAGGAUGGCAACCUAGCUGGCACGGCAAUUCUCCUCCGUUAGAACAUACUCACAUCAUGAAGUUUAGAGGAGAUUGAUCGAAACUAGAGCGAUGGACAGCGAGGAAAAAGCAUUCGGAAUGUCGUCGGCGGCCCCCAACCGAGCGCUAUCAGGGAGAGAGGAAAAGGCGAUGGGACUAGCAUUGCGGUGGCAGAAUUUCUACAAAAGCAAAACAAUGUCCUACUGGACGCUUCUGUUCCUCAGCUUGUUUGCGAUGAUGACCGCAUUCCCAGCCUCCAGCAUCCUCACCAGACUCUACUUCACCAAUGGCGCCACCAGCAAGUGGAUCAUCUCAUGGCUGGCAGCCGCCGGCUGGCCAAUCUCAGCGGCAUUACUUCUGGCAUACUGCGUCAUGGAGGGCGAGCAUCCGUCCCCACUAAGAUGGGAUCUGACACUCGCAUAUGCCGUGCUGGGAUUUUUAAGCGCUGCCGACAAUGUGAUGUACGCCUACGCAUACGCAUACCUACCAGCCUCGACGGCAGCCCUUCUCGCAUCGACAUCGCUCUGUUUCACAGCCAUUCUCGCUUAUUUCAUGGUCGGGCAGAAGUAUAAUGCGUCCAUCGUCAACGCCGUGGGGAUUAUGACAACAGCAGCCGUGCUUCUAGGUUUAGAUCAAGGCUCCGAUCGUCCUUUCGGGGUUUCAUCGGGCCAAUACACACUGGGCUUCAUUUUGGACAUCUGCGCCUCAGCGCUGCACGGGCUCAUAUUCAAUCUGUCCGAGCUCUUGUUCAUCAAAAUUCUCGGAAGAAGAACUUUCCGCUUCGUCCUCGAAGCGCAGACUGCGACGGGGAUCUUUGCCACCAUCUUCACCACCAUAGCUGUCGUCAUCGCCGGCGACUUCCAAAAGAUUCACACGGAAGCUCAGAACUUCAAGGACGGCCCCGGAGCUUACUACCAAGUGUUCGCAUGGUCGGCCGUCUCGUUCCAGCUCGGAGUCCUCGGAAGCGUCGGAUGCCUCUUCUUGGCAAAUACUCUUCUUGCUGGGGUUUUGAACGCAGCCCGAGUUCCCGCCACGACAGUCGUAGCGGUGAUCGUUUUCAACGAUGCCAUGGGCGGGAUCAAAAUCACGGCUGUCAUUCUCACCGUCUGGAGCUUGGCAUCGUACACGUGGGGCAGCAGGAAUUUGAAGGUGGAGGAGGAGGAGAAAGUCCCAAUUUUGGCGAGCCCGGAUGCCAGUCGAGGCAGAAUGCUCCAACCUGUGAGCAAUGCCGCUUAAGGAAUUUGGACUAAAUUUCAAUUUCACUAAAUUCAUACUCGACUGUCCAGCAAAAGCUCACUGAAAUCGUACUCCACCGCAUGUGAGAAGGACCAGAAUCAAAUUGAUUCUGGUUGCUUGAACGGGUGCCGAAUGGACCCGCAAACUGACAGCGGCAUGGCCCCAGACGUUUCAUAUCUUUCAUUCCAUAGAAUGUUCCGGAACAUGACACAUCCGACAAAUGACGAACUCUCCUCCACUUCAUGAGGUCCGAUCGGUGGACGAAGUCCAAGCACGAGAAAGUCCAUUAUGUUGCGAUCUCAACUGCAACGCUAGGUUCACAAGACCAUCUCCUGCACAGCUUCUCAAGCUACUGACACAACGGAACAAUGGUUAGACAAUCAGGAGCAGUAGAAUGGUAUCCUAGUGCCACUACAGUGCCGAGGUAGCUGGAAUCAGGGAGGCAUGAACAAAGUGAAUCACGUAAGCGAGCAGUUGAUCAUGGCAACCGGAUUUUAGUUGUGAUUGGACACUUUCAACUGUAACUGAACCAACCUUUUGACGUGUAGGCAGAUGGAAACCUCUCGCCUUUUGAGGAGAAUUUCAAUAUCGAAAUUAGAUUCCCUCGAGGAGCCUGAUGUUCCUACCUCAGAAGAGAACGUGGUCACCUCUUGAGAUGGUUAAGUCUCCAUUAAGCUGAAACUGAAAGCUCUGGUGGAUGAUAUCAGACGCUGAUCUUGCCGAAUUGCCGAAUCUUUGUAGAGGCCAAUUUUUCUGGAAUCGCAAAGAGUGGGAGAUACUUCAUUGUAUAUUAGCUGGAACUGUACGUGACCUUGGUCUGGAAAGUGAUCGUGUUGAUAUUCAGUGUUUGGAUGUCUACUGGGAUUAGACUUCGAGUUGCAAUAGAAUUAUUGCCCGAGGGUAAUAAUUCCUCGAAAGAAUGUCUCUUUCCUUGUAUGCUACGUAUCUUUAGCGCCACACUGGAAC